ACGAGGGGCAGCUCCUCCUUUCAUCUGUGGGGGUAGCUGAGCCAGGGGUCAGGCUGUGGGGGGAGGACAGAAGGGGCGGGGACAGCCGGGAUUGGGAGGGGAGACAAGAGCGUGGGUGGCUGGCAGAGAGACGGAGAGACCAACAGAAAGGAAAGAGUAGUCGAGAGAGAAAGUGAGGAGGAGAAUCUGAAACAGAGAGGAAAGGAACAGCAGACGUGGAGGGCCACAGAGAGAGAGAGAGAUACAGACUUAAGGAAGUGAGAGUGAGGGAGAGAGAAACAGAAAGAUUGGGUGAGAAAGUGAUACGGGAGGGGGGCGGGGGGGGGAGAAAAUGAGAGAGAGACUGGAAGAGACAAAGAUUGGAGAGAGAGACAGAAGGUGAGACUGGGGAGAGUUCUAGAAAGUGAGGGUGUGAGAAGGAGAGAGAGCCCAUAAGAGAGGAGGGACAGAGACACAGAGUGUGAGGGAGCAGUGAGGAGACUGAGAAGGGGGGAUCUUGUGACUAGGGUGCCUGAGCACCCACGCCACCCUCUUGCCCCCUGUCGUUGGGACCCCAGAGCUGGGUAAGUUCCCUGGCUGGGCUGGGAGGGCUGCCUGCAGGCACAUCUGCAGUGUCCCAGGGUUUGGCUUGGUGAUGGUUUGGCGGUGCACAUGGGAGGGCAGGAGACAGGUAGCCUGGAGCAGCCAGAAGGGGGCAGGGUGUGUGGGGCUCCUUAGCACAGAGAGGGUCAAAUUCCUGGCCAGAGCCAAGGGGGCAGGAAUAAAGAGGCCCCUAUUCUUUGUCCUGGGCUGCAAACAGCUGCCCACUCCCCAGCAGCUGCCAGACCGCCCACCUCUCUUGGCAUUGCCCUUGGUAUGUGGUCCUGAGCCAGGGCCUCCCCCAGCCCCCCAGUCCCCGGACAACAGACUCUUUCUCCUCAGCCUUCUCUGACCUCCAGGCCCCUGACCCUGGCUCUGUCCCCAACUGGAUCAGCUGCAGAGACACAGCCCCUUUCUUCCUCUCCCCCAGCCCUCGAUGGAGGAGGGCAGACCCCGGAGCAGCCUCAGCCUGGCCAGCAGUGCCUCCACCAUCUCCUCACUCAGCAGCCUGAGUACCAAGAAGUCCACCCGGGCAGUCAGCAAGGUCCACACUUUCGGGAAGAGGGACAAUGCCCUCCGAAGGGAUCCCAACCUCCCCGUGCACAUCCGAGGCUGGCUUCAUAAGCAGGACAGCGCCGGACUCCGGCUCUGGAAACGCCGCUGGUUCGUCCUCUCUGGCCAUUGCCUCUUCUAUUACAAGGACAGCCGAGAGGAGAGUGUCCUGGGCAGCGUCCUACUCCCCAGCUACAGUAUCAGGCCAGAUGGGCCGGGAACCCCCCGAGGGCGGCGCUUCACCUUCACCGCGGAGCACCCGGGCAUGAGAACUUACGUCCUGGCGGCUGACACACUAGAGGACCUGCGAGGCUGGCUCCGGGCGCUGGGCCGCGCCUCCCGCGCAGAGGGUGAUGAUUUUGGGCGGCCCAGGUCACCCGCACGUCCCCAGCCUGGGGAGGGCCCUGGCGGCCCCGGCGGUCCCCCGGAGAUGAGCAGAAGGGAAGAGGGACGCAGUCCAGAAUCACCGGAGGUGGCGCGGCUCUCUGGAAGGCGAGGCGGAUCCAGGCUGCUCACUCCAAGCCCCACAGCAGACUUCCAGCCUGGACCCCGGAUUCAGAGGGCGAGGAGUCCAGACCUGUUCACACCCCUCUCUCGCCCUCCUUCACCUCUAAGCCUCCCGCGGCCCCGUUCUGCUCCUGUGCGCCGACCCCCUCUCUCCUCAGGAGACGCAGAACCCCUUGCCCGUCCCCAUACCCCCUUGAGUCGCAUCGAUGUCCGGCCUCCCCUGGAUUGGGGGCCCCAGCGUCGGACCCUCUCCCGGCCCCCCACUCCCCGCCGAGGACCCCCUUCUGAGGCUGGGGCAGGCAGGCGCCCCAGGAGCCCCCAGCACUGGAGUCAGGAGCCCAGAACACAGGUCAACAGAGAGGUCCCCUCUGGCUCCUCCACAUAUCUCCAGCUCCCCCCAAGGCCCCCUGGAACCCGGGCCUCCAUGGUUUUAUUGCCGGGGCCCCCCCUGGACUCAGCCUUCCACCAAAGCUUGGAGACGGAUACUCUGUUGACCAAGUUGUGUGGGCAGGACCGGCUCCUAAGAAGACUUCAGGAGGAGAUAGACCAGAGGCAGGAGGAGAAGGAGCAGCUAGAAGCUGCUCUGGAGCUGACCCGGCAGCAGUUGAGCCAAGCAACCAGGGAGGCUGGGGCUCCUGGGAGGGCCUGGGGGCGCCAGCGCCUCCUGCAGGACCGCCUGGUUAGCGUGAGGGCCACUCUUUGUCACUUGGCUCAGGAGCGGGAGCGGGUUCGGGACACGUACAGCGGCCUGGAGCAGGAGCUGGGCACCUUGCGAGAGACUCUGGAGUACCUGCUGCACCUUGGCUCUCCCCAGGACAGAACAUCUGCUCAACAGCAGCUGUGGAUGGUGGAAGACACACUGGCAGGUCUGGGGGGGCCCCAGAAACCACCCCCCCACACUGAGCCUGGCUCCCCAUCCUCUAUGCUCCAAGGCGAGGAAUCUUCAGAGAGAGAGAGUCUGCCUGAGUCCUUGGAGCUGAGCUCUCCCCGGUUCCCUGAGUCUGACUGGGGGCGGCCCCCUGGGGGUGACAGAGAGCUUGCCAGUCCCUCCUCGGGUGUCGGGUCUCCAAGGGUCUCCCGGGCUUCUAGUCCUGAGGGUCACCGCCCCUCUUCCCCACAGCUGGGAACCAAGGCCCCCCUGCCCCGGCCCCGGAUGAGUGCCCAGGAGCAGUUGGAGCGCAUGCGCAGACACCAGGAGGGUGGACGGUCCCUCCCUCACUCCACCACUCCCAGGCUUCUUACUCUGGGGAGGACACUGUCCCCAGCCAGACGCCAGCCUGACCUAGAGCAACGGCCUGCCGUAGACUCCUUGGGACACUCGGGAGCCCCGAAAUGGCUCAGAAGCUCCGGGUCCUGGAGUAGCCCGAGGAACACCAGGCCUUACUUGCCGACAUCCGACGGUCACCGGGAGAGGGUCCUCAGCCUCUCCCAGGCCCUGGCCACUGAGGCGUCGCAGUGGCACAGAAUGAUGACAGGGGACUUCGGAGGUGGAAAGAGGCCUGGAGUGGCAGACAGAAGAGACUAGCUGACGCGGAAUGGCCACGGGAAGGCGCUACGCUGGGAAGGUGGUCAUUGUAACAGGGGGCGG